AUGGAAGGAAAUCUUGGCGCCCCUAAGAAGCUGGCGUACAAAGCAUACUUGGAGAGCAUCCCCACAUUCCGACGCCGUCGCGAAGCGCUUCACGCGCAUCUCACGACCUCGUUCGACUCGCAUGGCGCGAGCGAUGUGACAGAUACAUUGCACUCGUCCUCCGUCCUCCUUCUGGUGAACCCGGCGCAUCAGAGCGCUCUCAACGCGCGGAAACGGCUGCUCAAACAUGGCGCCCUCGAUGCUACCCAGGAGCUUCGUUUUGUGUCCGCGCUUCUAACGCUGCACGAGGGCGCGAAGCAGUCGAUUCUGUGGCACCACCGGCGCUGGCUCCUGCGACGUAUCUACUCCGCCGCGGGUUCAUCAUACGGUGUAACCGCGGGUAGCUCUAGUGGCAUACAUCGCAGCCUGGCAGGAGACGACGAAGAUUCAUUAUGCGGCCUCGCCCUCGACGCCGAUGCAUGGUGUACAGAAUUCGCCGCCAUCGACAGGGCGUGCGAAGUCUACCCCCGCAACUACCACGCGUGGGCUCAUCGGUAUCUAUGCGCGGAGGCUCUGGCGACGACUCUCCGAGGAGACGCGGGCCCCGGGUUGAUGAAGGCCUGGCAGAAGGAGAAGGACCGCAUCCGCCAAUGGAUCGAGAGGCACGUCUCCGACUACUCUGCAAUGCAAUACGCGUGUCACCUCGAAGACCUCGAGCGUGAGCUGGUCUCAAGUGUCCAUCCAAUCACAGGGACCUCUACCCGCCAUACGCAGGACAGCCCGCCCAAGGAGAAGGAGACUCUGGUCGAGCAUGCGUGGGCACUCGUGCAAGCCUACCCGUCACACGAGUCGCUCUGGCUCUACCUCCGCGGCGCACUUCGCCCGACAUUCAAUUCCGAGGCUGCUCUGCUCCCGGAAUCUGCCACGUCCGAGCGUGUACGCAACGGGGCCCGCGCGUUCGCUGAGAGGUUUCUCAGCGAUGGGAGCGCAGACCUCGGGGCGAGUGUAUUGCCUGCGGAGCGCAUCCUGAUGAGGCGUCAUGCGGCGCGAUUUCUGGACUGGUUGCUGUGGCAGGAAGGCAAGCUGAAGAUGCGUGCGGAUGUUGUCUGUAGGAUUAACGCCGCUGCCGGUGGGGAGGGAGAUGUUCUGUUGAGCUCCUCAUACACCACUUCUCGUACUGACUUCAUAAACUGA